UUUGUGUAAUUUUUAGAGCCAAUGAGAACAAUCCCAUUUUUCUGAAAAAGACUACUGAUCUUUGAGAUUUGAGAAUGCAGCUGGCUCUCGAUUUUAUUUCUCCCUGGCAAAGGGAAUAAUGAUGGCCCGGCAAGUCUAUGGGGAAGAGCGCGUGUGCGUGUUCUGCUUGGGCUUUUCCCAGAUGUCAGUCACUGAAGGUUUAAGGCACAAAUCCCCCGCCUGUUUUUCCUCAGUAGCUGCGUUCAAAGAGGCAUUGGGAAGGCAGGUGGGACAGCUCACACAUGGACAUCCCGCGUGCAUCCGUGUGCAUUUAAUUCAGAUCCAGACCUCAUUUGAUAGCAACUUUAACGUAUUGGAAAAGAUGAGAAAUUGGGCUGUGAGUUUUAUCUGGAUUCGUGGGCACAGUAUCAGCAAGAUUAGCGGUGCCUUGGCCGAGGGCUGGUAAUGCCUAUUAAAUACCUGCCACAGGUGCCGCAUGGGAAGUGAGAGGCCCAGGGCACCUGUGAGUCUGCGGGGUCGAUUCUCAUCUGGGGAGAGCAGCCUCCUGGGCAGUGAUUGAAGUGUCCAGCAGGGGGCUGGCAUUCUCUGUAAGUCGCCCUGCUUCCUCUGCAGAGCCUCAGCUCCGCAGAGCUGCCGUUUGCUGGUUAAGUCGGUGACGCGCAUAGCAUCCUGCCUAUAGGAUUUGAGGCUUUCUCAGUGCAGUUUUUUUUCUACCCACUUUAAACCUUCAGGUUCUAACUAUCAGGAAAGAUAGGAAAUGCCGUGUGAAAAUAGCCGGCUAAAAGUUCUUAGUAAACUGCAGCCAGGGAGACUCAGACUAGAAUGGGGGUAGAAAGAGUUGCUACAGAGUGGGUUUAAUUCUAAGCCCUUUCUGGCUGACUUUUUUGUUGUUUUGUUGUUAACUUAGUGAAUUUAGCUAUGUAUCACAUUGGUCAGGUGAAGACCAGAGCAGCACCAGCAUCAAAAUAGCGCCAGACCUCUCUGAAUGCCAUAGUAUUAUACGUACUCAGAGUAUUUUUGUUAAAGAAGAUCAAGAGCCCAGCAUAGAUUUUUAUCCUCAUUUUCACCCAACUACAAAAUCAAAGUUAAGCAACAGCAUCUAAGAGCACUUUUUAGGUGGGAAAGAACCUAGAGGAUGGCUCUGAAUGACUGUUUGCUUUUGAACUUGGAAGUGGACCACUUUUUGCACUGCAACGUCUCCAAUCACAGUGCAGAUCUCCCCAUGAACGACGACUGGUUCCACCCAGGGAUCUUCUAUGUCAUCCCUGCCAUCUACGGGGUCAUCAUUCUGAUAGGCCUCGUCGGCAACAUCACCCUGAUCAAGAUCUUCUGUACAGUGAAGGCCAUGAGAAACGUGCCGAACCUGUUCAUCUCCAGUCUGGCCUUGGGAGAUCUGCUCCUCCUGGUAACAUGCGCCCCCGUGGACGCCAGCAGGUACCUGGCCGACAGAUGGCUAUUUGGCAGGAUCGGCUGCAAACUGAUCCCCUUUAUACAGCUCACCUCCGUGGGGGUGUCUGUCUUCACCCUCACGGCUCUCUCGGCGGACAGGUACAAAGCCAUCGUCCGGCCAAUGGAUAUCCAGGCCUCUCAUGCUCUGAUGAAGAUCUGCCUCAAAGCUGCAUUGAUCUGGGUUAUCUCCAUGCUUCUGGCCAUCCCGGAGGCUGUGUUCUCUGAUCUACAUCCCUUCCAUGAGGAAAGCACCAACCAGACCUUCAUCAGCUGUGCCCCAUACCCACACUCUAACGAGCUGCACCCCAAAAUCCACUCCAUGGCUUCCUUCCUGGUCUUCUACAUCAUCCCACUGUCAAUUAUCUCUGUCUACUACUACUUCAUUGCUCGAAAUCUGAUCCAGAGUGCUUACAAUCUGCCUGUGGAAGGGAAUAUACACGUCAAGAAGCAGAUUGAAUCCCGGAAACGCCUUGCCAAGACAGUGCUGGUGUUCGUGGGCCUCUUUGCCUUCUGCUGGCUCCCCAACCACAUCAUCUACCUGUACCGCUCCUACCACUACUCCGAGGUGGACACCUCCAUGCUCCACUUCAUCACCAGCAUCUGUGCCCGCCUCCUGGCCUUCACCAACUCCUGCGUGAACCCAUUUGCCCUCUACCUGCUGAGCAAGAGUUUCAGGAAACAAUUCAACACCCAGCUCCUCUGUUGUCGGCCUGGCCUGAUGACCCGCUCUCACAGCACCGGCAGAAGCACGACCUGCAUGACCUCCUUCAAGAGUACCAACCCCUCUGUGGCCACCUUCAGCCUCAUCAAUGGAAACAUCUGUCAUGAAGGGUCCCAGAGGAGCUGUUGUUGGAGAGUGGCUCAGAACUAACCCUGGGUUGCUGGGAGGAAUGGAGCACAUUUUGCACAUUUGUCUAACGUUUGGCUGAAUUUUCACAAAAUGGAUUAACAGCUGAAAACAAAGAAAAUAUUCACCCUCCUGGGGCCAGGCUGUGUCAGCUAUCCAAAGAAACGAAGCUCUCACAAGCUCUAGUUUAUUCUGUAUGUGACGGUCAUUCCUCUCGGCCCCCACCUUGGCAGCCCCCUACCCCCUCAACACAAAUACAGUAAGUUUAAUAUCAAGCAAUCUCUUACCGGGACUUUGGCCUUCAAAGACACCCUUUUUUUAGGGAGGGCCAAGCGUGAACUCCAGCUGAAUAUAUCCAGCGCAAACAACAAAUCGCACACUGAAAACAGACUUUUCUUUUGUGAAAUCACGUUAGAAAUGCACUCAGUGGAAUUUAUCUAGUUUUGUAAAAGUUUAAGAGCCCCUGGGUUAAAAUAUUCCAUGUCCACGAUUAAUUCCAAAAAUAACUUCCAUUACCUAGUCUUCAUGGUCUAUAAAGCACUUUUAUAUCAUUGUCUCGUCUAAUCCAAGCCUUCCCUGCUGGCCAAAGAGCUGCUUAACAUCCUUUACUAUGGACAUUUGUAAAUGACGUUUACUAGUGACCAUCUACGAUUAGAUUAAGAGACCCAGGGAACCGUGAGGCUGAAGCACGAAACUACAGAUGUUGAACCAUAUUUGACCUACAAAAGGGUUUCAUAUGGUCCAACGUAAUCUGAUUUCAUUUCUAUUCAUGGCUGUUCCGUGAUAUUGAAGAACGGUGUGGUCAUCACUUUCCCAGUUUAUAGGAUGGUCUGUGCCUACAAAGUGAGUCUGUUUAACUCGGCCCAAGGCAGGGAACCAAGUGGUUGUUGGCUUCCCCAGAGAGGCCUAUUAGCGGGAACAGUGGUCCAUGUCACACUGAAGUGGAAGUCUACGAGAAGAAGGGCGGGAUCCUUGGGAGCAGAAACACAAGCUACAGAACACAUCGUAUCUGUGGGAAACCUCAGUGCAGUUCUGUGGCUCUAGAAGUGUUGGAAAGGAAGGGGCCCGACUUCACCAAGCACCAGUGACGUGCCAAAUGCAGUGCUGAGCACAUUUCUCUUCUUGUUCACGAGCACCUUGAAAAGUUCAGUUGGUGAGGCUGAGGCUCAGGGAGGUCACUUCACCCAAGGUCACAUGGCACAGCCGAACGUGGCCCCGGAUCUCUUAAGACCCCAUCCAUUCCACUGCUCAGCAUUGCUUCCCAAACCCUGCGCAUGUGAGGAAUUAGGUUCACGGUAACUGACAGUCCCAUGCCCUACUGUGGCUUCUGCCCUAAGGCACGAGCUCCCAAGGAGGUUGAGGGACAUACACAAGGGGAUGGAUGAUGUUCCUAAGCACAUAAGUGAAGGACUUGCUGCAGCAGAGGCCGAAAUAUAGCACAGAGUAGGUGGGCAAGGAAGUGCCUUAGUUCAGCUGCCCCCAGAGACACACUUCAGUUGCAACUGGAAGCCCUGGGAAGAAUUUCCCACCCAGUUCUGGGACUAACCGAGGAGAAAAGAACCCCUGGCAAACAACCAUAUACAGAGGACCCAAGCGAGAACAGUCCAUCCGGGCGGCCUUCUUUGAAUUAGGAUUAGCCUCGCCCCCGAACAGGCGGUUUUCCAGAAGCCAGAAGCCUGGAGACCCAGGUCACAUGAAUAGCCUUUAUCAGAAAAAUACGUCCUGGACUAAGUUCUGAGCACAGGUGUGGACUCCGGUAUCUGAGUGCCUAGCCCUAGGUGCCCUGCUUCAAGCUCCCAUACCAUCGUCUCUCUGCUCGUUCUGAGCUCACAUUCUAGAAGAUAUUUCCCUUUUUUCCUCCUAAUUCAAAAUUCAUUCCCAGAACCAUAUAAUGACAUGGAAGGACUCACAUAAUGUUAUGGUUUUUUAAAAGGAUCGUUUUAAUGGACAGUAAAACUUCACACAUUCAACACCUCAUUAAUUCCCAGACAAGCUUGAAAAUUUUGGUAUACCUCGGGAUUUCAGUGUUCAAAGUACAGUACAUAAUUUAGGACUGUUGUCAAUCCAAUUUUUUUCAUCACUUUGCUUCAGUUUUAGCCAGUGCUAUUGAUAUAUCAAUAAUGUAUGACAUUAAGAAAAUGAAACUGAUUUAAAAAAAUGUUUUCCCCUGUAAUCUGGAGUUAACAGACUCAAACACAGCCCUUCUUGCAUCCAAGUCAGCAGAAUUUGGGGUAAUAAAAUUGGUUGAAAAGGUCUGAGUUGUAAAAAUAGUUGGCACAAACUCCUUUAUGUCAUUUUCUGUUUUGUUUUAAAUAUUAGACUCAUAUUUUGUAAAUUAUAAUUGUACUUGUUACUAUUAACUGUAAAUAUUUAUUGCAUCAGAAAUGUGCUCUGUGUUAAAAUAAGUCAGAACAAGUUCCAGGUGUGGUACUUAAUAUAAAUAAUGUCAUGCCUUGGCUUUGCCUAGACUCCUUAGACUAAUGAAUUAUUUAUAAGAAAUUCACAAUAUUAAUAUGAAUGAUUCAGGUUUUUUUAAAUGUGCAAACUUAACUGUGUGACCGUGUGAAAUUCUAUCUAUGAAGUGUGCUCAUUGGUUGUAUUCUUGUUUUUCAAGAGGUUUCUAAUGCUUCUGUCACAUUGUACAUGGUCUGUGUGACAUUAAGUCAAAUCUGUGUAGCUGAAUAUUUAAGUCAUAGGAGAUAAGAAAUGUGUUUUAUUUCUUAAUAUAAUAAGGCAUAAUUUAUUAAAUGGACAGAUGCAUGUAUUCAAUGUUCAAUAAAAAUAAAGCUGUCGCAUGGA